AUGUCGCAGUAUCCUCCACCGGUUCCCAGACUGAAAUCCAACGAGGUUGCUGCACGAGCGACUCAAAUUUGGUCUGUUGCGGAAGAUGAAACUCUGAUUGGGUUGUACUUGGAGAUCAGCGAGAAUGCUAUUAAAGCAUAUCAAAUGGCUCAUGCGGAGAAGCCGCAUAUACUUCCGCCAAGACCUAUGAAGAGUCUGACGUCGCACUGGAGAAGGUUGGCAGCAGACACACUACAGUGGAUAUCUUGCUAUGAUGAAGCGGGUAGACUUCCGGAGGGAGGGAGUGGUUACAACGAAGCUGACCGUAUAAAAAGUGCGUCGAAGCUUUUUCAUCUCGCCCAAGGUCGCAACUUCGGUUUUCCUCACGCGGUUGAAAUGCUUAAUAAAGAUCCAAAGUGGAGGCCAAAGCUGAGAUGGUCCUUGUCAAAGAAGGAAAGAAAAGUUGCUUGUGAUGUUGAGGAGCAAGGUAGUGCUGGAAGUGGGAAGAGGUCCAGUGAUGAUGGAAGGGAUGAAAUUCCUACGGAUGGUUUUUCAUCUGGAGGAAUAUAA